CCCACAUCGACGCAAUACAAAAAGUCGCAAAGAGUCAUCGCGUCCUCACAACAAAGCGAGCAGCAACAAGACACCCUGCGCAGGCCGCACAAGUCGCUUGCAUCGCCUCGGCGCUGGACGCCAGAGAGAACUCUCUACUUCCCCCUUGAACUUUCAAUCUCGACCUUGCCUCGACUUGCUCCGUGCUUUGUCCCACGACGCCGCAACGACGACACACGCGCCGUCCAACCCCUACCUACUUUCAGCCUCGACCGCGACCUUCUCUCUGCAUUCAUCUCGCUUGAUUGUCCUUGCUCCCUUUGGCGUUCAGCCAGAGCAAUGACCGCUUAAACCAGACGAGUGCACCAUCGCAGUUUCAACAACGUCUAAUACUCUGCACAUCGCGGUUCCCAUGACCCCCGCGCCGACCCACUCGCCAUCAACAUCAUUCUCCGCCUCCACACCCAACAUGACCGUCACGGCCUCGACGUCUACCCACUCGCUCAACAUCGUGCCCGGGAUGAGCAGCAGCGUCGCGUCUGCGCUGCCACCCGGGCCGAAGGGCACACGGCUCCGCUCAAACUCGACCGCCACCCACAACACUAGCUCCGGAACGCUCAUCUCCCCGCCCAGCCCGACAGGAAAUUACAUCACGCGCUCGUUAUCCCAGGCCCCGCUCAGUCCACAUACUGCGACGACGACAGCAGUGACUGGGACGCCCUCGGCCUCGGCUGGAGUCACCGCCGCCGCCGUGGCAACGCCGCCACCGCGUCCGCCGCGCGGCCCGGCCCGCUCACCCGCCAACGUCCCGCGCUCACCGUCCAUGCCCACCGAGUCGCCCACCGUCAAACUCAUUGUGCGUGCCGUGGAGAAAUCAAAGGACGGAGGAGAUACCCUCGACUUGUCGCGCGAGAGACUGGAACGCAUCGCCGACGAAGACGUUGAUGUCUUCCGAACGCGGGUCGGAAAGGACUGCAAGGGCGUGUGGAGGUUAGCUCUGUCGUACAACUCGCUACGGGAUGGGUCCAUUGCCGCGUCGUUUGCCGCCUUGAGCAGACUGAGAUACCUCAACCUCAAGGGCAAUCAUCUGUCGUUUGUGCCACCAUCGAUUACAGAGCUCCCAGCGCUCGAGAUUCUUGACCUGUCCAAGAAUCAGAUCGCCUCGCUGCCCGAUAACCCAGGCUCCUUGGUCCAUCUCAAGGUCCUAUCCCUGUCCAACAACCGACUAACGACACUGCCCACCAACCUCGCCACCUAUGCCAACUUGAGGGUAUUCAAGGUCGACCAGAAUCCCAUCGUGUGGCCGCCGACUGACGUCCUCGGCCCUCUUAUGGAGGUUGAGAAGGCGGGUCACGCCGGCGAAAAGGAUUCCGAGAAGAAGCGGGACGAGAGCCUUCGACCAUGGAUUGAAGGCAUGAAGCUAUGGCUUCUCGAGCAGGCCCCGAAGGUACCCCCGGGUCGCACGAGCUUCGAGGACGACGCGUACCUGGGUUCGGCAGAAGAGGAGGGCGAGAAACCCAACGCCUGGGCUGCACCUGGUGCGACGCCAUUGACAAUGAAGAAGAUUGCCUCGAUUCCCGACCAGCUGAACGCCAGCGCCUUCCCAUUAUCCCAACCGGCAUUUCCGGCCGGGCCGAACCUCGUCGUCGCCAAUGUCGAGACCGCACCGCCCCUGCGGAUGAACCCAUCGACAGUGUCCCUGCCCUCGCAAGGCUCCCACCACGACCGAUCUGCAUCCUCCUCUUCACUCACCCCACCAGCUUCGGCCACCUCGUCUUCUCAGUCCAUCCCUUCCUCCAUGAGCUCCGGCAAACCGCCAUCCGGUGUAUCAGCUGCGACAGGCCACAACCGCGGUGCCAGCGACACUGCGACGCACCGUCUGAGCGGACAGCUGACCGCCAAAAAGUCCCUCCCCGAUCUCCGACAAUCCCACGCCAAGAUUAUCGAGGAGCGGCGCGGCGAGGCAGCCGACGAGGCCCGGCCACUCGGGUUCGGCAUGGGCGCACGCGGAGGAAACUGGCAGCCAAAGUUUCCUUCACAGCUAGGCCGGGAAGACGACAAGCGGACAGUCAAGCGCAAGGGCUCGAUGGACGUUAUUCAGCUGCCGCCGCCAGUGGCGGACAUUGCUGAUAAGCGCGGCAGCCAAGAGGGCCCCGCCAUUGACGAGUCGCGCAACUCGUACUUCCGCCGUGUUAGCAUGUUGCCGCCAUCGACAAUCUCUAAGGCCGUCUCGCCAGCGCUGCUCCACUUUGUCGAUGCGGUCCGUGGCCUGCUCUUCGCCCUCACCCAGCUGCACUCGGCCCUGCGGCAGUACCUCAACUUUGCGGUCAGCGAUCGUGUCGCUGGUGUAUUUGCCCGUGUGGUCGAACCGGCUGGCGGGUACCUCACCAACCUAAUCAACGCCCUCGAUCGCUUCGACUCGAUGUCACGCAGGAGCGCUCCUCCGGCAAGCACUGUUCGCGCUGUCAUCGACGCUGCAAAGGAGAGCAUCGCCGUCUUCGCCAAGAUUGUCGCCGUUCUGAGAUUGCAGACGCCUGCUUUCCGCGACGCCGAUGUGCGCUACUCCCGCCAGCUGCUUCUCAACCUCUACGGAGGGAUGACGGAGAUUGCAAGCUCGUGGGCAGCCAUGUCACCGCUGCUACUCGAGAUCCGGCCAAUACUGUGGCCGAACAUGCAACCCCAGCACCUCGCGCCGCCAAUGUCCAAGUCCAACUCGCUCACUGGACGGACACCAGUAUCGCCGAUUCUGGAGCGUGGAGAGUCGCAGUCACCAGCCCGCCCUCGGACUGGCGGGUCAGGCUCGCAGCAGUCGAUGCCGCCGCCUGGGACAUCACCACGCGGCAAGAGCCGUCGGCACGCCGGCUCCUUCUCGACCCAGGACGUUGAGCGAGGCAUGCUCAUGGGCUCGCCUUCUGCCCCGCGCACCGACUGGCCGGAUCUUUCACGGACAAUAUACGAAGACGGCGAGGGCGAGUUGCCAGCAGGCGCUGUCCCGCCUCCCUUCCCUUUACAUGCCGAGCCCGAGCCGCCAGCAGCUCCACCCCAUAUGGUCACAAGCUUUUCCCAACCGGCUCGAUCGCGGCACGCACCACAGUCGUCGCAAGGCUCGUCACACCUGUCUGCCCCGAACGGCGCGCCGCGCAAGUUAUCGGUCGACGUGCGGCCGCCCACACCGGCCUCUGCGACAUUGUACGACGAAGAGUUCCUCGACGUGAUAGAACGCGCAACCGAUGUCGCGUUUGCGGUGUGGCUGCGCCUCGCUGAGGAAAUCGGCAUAUCUCAACCGCCGUUCAUGCACAGCAAGAGCGACUCGAUGAGCAGCUCUGGCUCGGGCGGGUUCCGCCUCGCUGCGCACGACGCCAGACGACCCGCUACAAUCCCAGUGCGACAGUACGCCGACCUCGUGUCCCUCCUUUCGACGGCGGAACACGUUACGACCAAGCUGCGCGAGUCGUACAUGGGCUUGCGGGCCAACCCGUUCUCCUUUACCAACACGACGAUUCCCGACGACACGCACGCAUUCAUCAAGACUGUCGUGAGCGUGUCACAGCAAAUCAAGGCCAUCUCGACGUCGCACACGUUCAGCCAUCAGAUUCGCUCGAGCCUGAGCCAGCUGACGCAGGCGGCGAGAGAGUGCGCCAUCCUGAUGCAGGUGUCAUCGCUCAGAUCCAACGCGUCGACACCUGCCCUCGUUCCUCCGUCUACCGUCGGAAGCGACUAUGGCCACGGGCACCAAAGCCCCAUGAACCCCAUGAGCAGCAACGAGGAUCUGGCGCAGCCCCCCACCAACGGCCUCCGUGGCCUCCAUCUCCCCACCCGGCAUCCACUCCGCGGUCGCCCACAGCACACCAACAGCCCCCCCAUGCCCGAUGUCCCGCGCUUCGCCGCGCGAAGCGACCAUGACCUCGUGCCCCCCCGCCGCCACUACGUCCAGUAGUAGGACGCUUGUACUCCCCAUCAUCAUUUGCCAGUAGUCGUGGACUUUGGCCCCCAGUUUAGUCGGUCGUUCAAGUGACAAU